AAGGCCUUGGAGACAUGCUUGGGUGUCCAGCAUAGGCCCUCAUGGCGGUCGUCCUCGUCAAGCCCCAACACCAGCCGCCCGAUGGCCAGUGGCGUCCUGUCGCAGCUGUACCACCAGGGCGUGGAGGUCGACGCGCUGGUGCGGGUCGAGACGGACAGGAUGCGCGCGACGCUCCAGGAGGCUCGGCGGCGGCACGCGCGGGGUGUGGUCGCGGCCGUGGGCCGCGCGGCGGAGGCUCGGCUCCGCGCCGCGGAGGCAGAGCUGGAGCGCGCCCGCCGCCGCGGCGCGGAUCUGGAGGAGCGGCUCCGGCAGCUGGCCGGGGAGGGCCAGGCGUGGCUGGGCGUUGCCAGGAGCCACGAGGCCGUCGCCGCUGGCCUCCGCGCCACGCUCGACAAGGUGCUCCAGCAGCCCGCCGGCGGAGGAGAAUGCGGCGUGGCGGAGGACGCGCAGUCCUGCUGCUUCGUGGCAUCCCCGUCGGGGCUCGUCGCCGGCGACUCUCUCCUGUACGCACUCUCUCUCUCUCCUCCCCAAGCUGCUGAACGGCAUUCGCAGACGACGCCGAGGUUGUUACGAGGAUGA